AUGGUUGGAAAACUCAAACAGAACUUGCUAUUGGCAUGUCUGGUGAUCAGUUCAGUGACAGUGUUUUAUUUGGGCCAACACGCUAUGGAGUGUCACCAUCGAAUAGAAGAACGCAGCCAGCCUGUGAGGAUGGAAAAUGUGAGAAGCACAGUAAGAACUGCUUCCAGUGUAAAUGCAAACAAAACCUUUGCUUACAACAAAGACAUGCCUUUAAUAUUUAUUGGAGGAGUACCUCGAAGUGGCACUACCUUAAUGCGUGCCAUGCUUGAUGCCCAUCCGGAUAUUCGAUGUGGAGAAGAGACAAGGGUAAUCCCGCGAAUUCUGGCAGUUAAGCAGAUGUGGGCUAGAUCAAGCAAAGAGAAGAUCCGACUGGAUGAAGCUGGAGUCACAGAUGAGGUUCUAGACUCAGCCAUGCAAGCGUUUUUAUUGGAAAUCAUUGUGAAGCAUGGGGAGCCUGCUCCAUAUUUGUGUAACAAAGAUCCUUUUGCUUUAAAAUCCUUAACUUAUCUUGCUAGAAUUUUCCCCAAUGCCAAAUUUCUUCUAAUGGUACGGGAUGGUCGUGCAUCUGUGCAUUCCAUGAUAUCUAGAAAAGUCACAAUAGCUGGAUUUGACCUUAACAGCUACAGGGACUGCUUGACCAAGUGGAAUCGUGCUAUAGAAACUAUGUAUAACCAGUGCAUGGAGGUUGGUUUUGAAAGGUGUAUGCUGGUACAUUACGAACAACUCGUAUUGCAUCCUGAAAGAUGGAUGAGAACUCUCUUAAAGUUUCUUCGCAUCCCGUGGAACCAAGCAGUGCUGCACCAUGAAGAAAUGAUUGGAAAAGCAGGGGGUGUUUCUCUUUCAAAGGUUGAAAGAUCUACUGACCAAGUAAUCAAGCCAGUCAAUGUGGAAGCACUGUCAAAGUGGGUUGGGAAGAUACCUGCUGAUGUUUUGCAAGACAUGCCUGUGAUUGCACCCAUGCUAGCAAAACUGGGCUAUGAUCCAUAUGCCAAUCCACCAAAUUAUGGAAAGCCAGAUCAAAAAGUUGUGGAAAACACAAGGAGGGUCUACAAAGGUGAAUUUCAGCUUCCUGACUUCCUUAAAGAAGUGCCACAGACUGAACCUAUGGAAUAGAAGAUACAAUGGAUAUUUCUUGCACAGAAGGUAAUAAGAAGACUGCUGCCUUUUCAAUGGAAAUGAUCUUAUAAAGGACUGUCGCACUGAGAUCAGUGAGGUGUACUGCUCAUGGCCUGCUUUUUUCAGAAUUUUCUCCCCCAUUUCUUUCAUACUGUUUUUGUUCA